AUGGAACCAGGAAAUGGCACACAAAUUUCAGCAUUUCACUUUAAGGGACUUGCAGAGGACUUGCACCUGAAGCCAUUCAUGUUUGAACAUUUCCUCUUGAUGUACUUGACCACUGUACUUGGAAACCUGCUGAACAUUCUUUCAGUGAUUUCAGACUCCCAUCUGCACACACCCAUGUACUGUUUCCUCUCCUAUGUGUCCUUUGUGGGCACCAUGAUGCGAAAGAUACUGGUGAACCUGCAGUCACAGAACAAUGUCGCUGUAAUGGUUUAUGAACACUACGUGGUCAUCUGUCAUCCACUGCAGUACACAGUCAUCAGGAAGCCCUGGCUCUGUGGCUUGUUGGUCUUGGUGCCCUGGAUCAUAAUUGCCCUGAAUUCCUUCUUAUAUAGGUUAAUAAUGUCAUCGUUGAUCUUCUGUGUAGUCUUUGAAAUCCCAAACUUUUUCUGUAAGGUUAAUCAUGAAUUCACCUUAUCUUCUGACAUAAUUCUCAAUAACCUGAUGAAAUCUAUUGCAACUUUGCUACUGGGUGUGGAUGACUUGAUUGGCAUCCUUUACACUCGCUCUAUUUUCCUCCACACAUGCAAUAGCCUCAGCUCAGGGGAGAAAUGA